AGAUUUGUCAAUAUAUUUCCAGUACAGUACAAUAUUUAAAACCAAACAUCAAAAUGAAAAUUUUACUCGCUUUAAUUUCAGUAAUCUCAAUUCAUGCCACCGAAUUGGAAGAGUUUCAAGAUAGUAAUCUUAAAUUCGCCGCUGAUGUGUACCAGGCAAUAUCCCAGAUAAAUGAGCUAAACUUCUUGGUAUGUCCGUUAUCAGCACAAAUAAUUUUAUCACUUGCAACAGUGGGAGCUAAAGCAAAUACGGCGAAACAGUUAAGCAGCUGCUUGCAUUUACCAGAUGAUUCAAAAAGAAUCAAAAGUAUUUUUGAAAAACUUAGUUACAAUUUCGAUGUAAAGGAGCCCUACCAGUUGUCGAGCGCAAACAAAAUUUUCUUGAACGAUAAAUGCGAUGUUAAAGACGAGUACAAGGAAGUUGCGGUGAACACCUUUAAAUCUGGAAUAGAAAGUAUGAAUUUUGCCGAUGGGGAAAAAGUCGCGAUGGAAAUUAAUCGGUGGGUCGAAAGCAAAACUAAUAAUAAAAUAAAGGAUUUAGUCAAGGGGAAUGAUAUCAAUACCGACAUCCUAGCGCUUUUGGUAAAUGCUUUGUAUUUUCAUGGGAAUUGGGCUUAUGAAUUUGGGGACAGUAUGGGAUAUCAAGACAGAUUUUAUGUAAACGAGAACGAAACUGUGCUAAUUGACCUUAUGACUCAAAGAAACGACUUUAAUUAUUACAAUAAUAAAGAAGUGAAUGCUGAAUUUCUGGAGUUACCUUUCGUUGGGAACGAUGUGACAAUGACGUUCGUUUUACCCAAAGAAAAAAAUGGCGUAUCUAGAUUAGGGAAAAACAUUUCAACGGUACUUUCCAAGCAACCUCUAGAAAAAGUCGAUGCAAUUAUCACCAUUCCCAAGUUUAAAAUUGAAUCGGUUAUAGAAUUUAAAGGUGUUCUGGAAUCGUUGGGCGUCACUGAUCCAUUCUCAAAAGGCGCAAAUUUUGAUGGCAUUAGUGAUGUUCCUCUUCACAUUGACAAUGUUAUUCAAAAGACAUUUAUUGAAAUCAAUGAAAAAGGAGCCACUGCUGCAGCCGCCACGGAAAUAACACUAAUGAUGGAUAGCCUGCCAAAUGUAUUGUUUACCGUUAACAGACCUUUCAUAUACUUUUUAAAACAUAGAAGUAAUGGAAUAAUGUUUGUUGGAAGGUACUGUAAACCGUAAUGUACCUAUCCACAUUUAUACUUUUCCACAGUUUUUGUUUCUGUAAGUUUUUUGACAAAAAUAAAAUUCCGAAUGGUUCAACAGAAAUUA